CAGAGAAAUCGAGCGCCCGAAAAUAUCCGUCCGUGCGAAGAUGCCCCACAAAAAAUGCCAACUUUAGUGAGGGGAAUUUUAUUGGGUAUUUUAAAGUCAAACUACCUAUUCAUUUCCCUCCAUGAUUCGCCCCUUGCCGGUAAGAUUGUGAGGGGUGCGGUACUUGCAGAGAUUGAAUCUAGAGGGGUGUGGAAUUCCCAUUCAUUCAUUCUCUAAGUGCGUGUAUAAACAUUCGAAAUCGAAAUAAAUAUUUGUUAAAAUUAAGCUUCUAUUAAAAAGCACACAAUAAAUAAGUCAAAUUAAAUAGUUAUGCGACCUUUAGACUUCUCAUCUCUACUUCAGGUCUUUAAUUAUUAGAUGAGGAAGGUAUGGGUUCCAAAAGAGUCUCUGUAUCCGAAGCCGUUUUAUAAACGAAAACUUUUCGUAUUCUUCAUUUUGUUGAUCCUAAGCUCGCUGCUUUUUCUCGCUUAUCAGCUUUACUUCGUGAAUCAACUUGCAAAUUCAACAGAAAUAUUAAGACCAGAGCAUUUAGAAAGUCAUUACAAAGCUAGCGACGAAAUUAGCAGUAAACCACACAGUAAAAGACUUGUAGAAACCAAAAGGGAAUUUGUUUUAGGUAUUCGAAUCAGAGAUAUCGACAGCUAUACAAGAAUUUAUGUUGAUCAGAACUUCAAAUGUCUGACUGGGAAUGAAGAGAUCAGUUGGGAUAAGUUAAAUGAUAAUUAUUGUGAUUGCAUUGAUGGAAGUGAUGAAACUUUCACCAACGCGUGUCCCAACGGGAAAUUUUACUGCAAAAAGCAAAUCCGACAUAAAACUGGACGUGGUCAAGAUGUGUGGGUGCCUUCAAGUCGAAUUAAUGACGGCAUUUGUGACUGCAAAUUAGACUGCUCAGAUGAAUUUUAG